CAAUAUAUAGUGGGAGGAAAAAGGAAGGUUUCCAUGGGAGACUUGCAGACAAUUCUUUGGUCGAAACGUAUAUAUGCGUAUUACCCUAUACCCUGGUUUUCUUUUGUCAAAAGCAAUCGCUCACAUUCCCUCAUAUAUUAUUAUAAUAUAUAUGCAAUACAAUACAAUCACCCUUUCCCUACUCUCCAAUUUUUUGCCCUAUAGAUUCCAAAUCCUAUUGUACCUAAUUCACAGCAGACAAAUGGGUCUUCGAGAUUAGAUUGGUGGAAAUUUAUAUGCAAAAUUUACUACCUGUAGAUUUUUUUGCCCUAGCUGCAGAUUCUUGAGUACAGAGUUUACAGGGCUUUGCUAUCAUAAUUUGAUUGAAUGGAUGUGGAGGGACCAAGUAUUUUGUCUGGAAAUGGUGCACAGUCUGUAGAAUCUCGGUCACGUCCAGUUCGACGACAUUUGGAUGAUGCUGUAUAUCAGUUUACACAACAAAAUCUCCCAGCAUGUAAACCUGUCCUUACACCAGCAUGGGUCAUUUCGAUGUUUUUCUUGAUAGGCGUCAUUUUUAUUCCAAUUGGACUUCUCUGUCUUUAUGCUUCUGAAAGUGUUAUUGAGAUUGUUGACAGAUAUGAUAUAGAUUGUGUGCCAGAUAAUUUGAAGAGUCAAAAAGUUGCUUACAUCAAAGAUAACUCAGUUUCCAAGAAUUGUACACGUUACUUAAAGGUGCCCCAAAAUAUGAAAGCUCCAAUUUACAUUUAUUAUCAACUUGAUAACUAUUACCAGAACCACAGAAGGUACGUCAAAAGCAGAAGUGAUAAACAGCUUUUACAUGGAUUACAGUACAAUGAUACGAGUUCUUGCAAUCCCGAAGGCGAAAACAAUGGUCUCCCAAUUGUUCCUUGUGGUUUGAUUGCAUGGAGCUUGUUUAACGACACAUAUUCCUUCUUCAACGGGGCAGAUGCUAUAAAAGUCAACAGGAAAAAUAUUGCUUGGAGGAGUGAUCGUGAACACAAAUAUGGGAAAGACGUUUAUCCAUUCAAUUUCCAGAGCGGGCCUCUAAUUGGUGGUGCAACAUUGGACCCUAACAUCCCUCUAAGUGAUCAGGAGAAUCUCAUUGUAUGGAUGCGUACUGCUGCUCUCCCUACCUUUCGUAAGUUAUAUGGAAAAAUUGAAGUGGACUUAGAGGAAGGUGACUUAAUUAUGGUGAAUCUUGUUAACAACUACAACACGUACAGUUUUGGUGGAAGGAAGAAACUUGUUCUUUCAACAACCAGCUGGCUGGGAGGCAGAAAUAACUUCCUAGGGAUGUCCUAUGUCACUGUCGGUUCCUCAUUUAUCUUCCUCGCUUUUGUCUUCUUGUUACUUCAUGUGAAAAAUCCAAGAUUAUAUGGUUCAACAACCCUCAUUAUGAGUUCUUCAAAUCUUCAUGCAGAUUGGCAGCCUUCCUAAGGCCUUGACUUUUGCUCGGCCUUAUGGGGAUACAAAUUUAUCUUGGAACUGGAAAGGCAUGUCAAACUAGAAGGCGUGACUAUUGCUAAAUUACAAAUUCGUGUUCGAAAAAUUUGGCUUCAUGAAAUGAAGUUCCAGAACAGUACCUAGUCCUCGUAUAUAAACGAAAUUCAUCAAAAGUUUCUCAGGAGGAAAAAAAAGUAUUAGAUUAUACAAGUGUAAACAAUUCCUACAAUUGGCCAAUUGACUUGAUUUGUUAGUCAGUUAACUUUAUGGUGAUAAGUUCUGUAGCAUAUAUUGCUUCGUAUUUGUAUUAGUCCGUCUAUGAAGAGGCUAAUGUUGGUGUCUAUUUUAAAUAUUUAGUGUCCUAUACAUUAUACCUCCAAAAAAUAAAUAUAUUUCCGAGAAUAGAAUAGUUUAGUACAA